AGUGCUGGUUUUGAGGCAGACGCGGCGUUUUCAGUUCUCGUUGUUGCGAUGCCGGCGGUGCACGUCACCCCGCCUGCCCUCCGACGUUACGUGCCAACGAUCGCGCCGAUACACAACUAAUAAAUCACGGGAACUGAACAAAGUAAAACCCUGACGGAGAGAUUAUAACUCGAUAUGAGAUAACAACGCACGACUCCGGUGAUUAAUUGCCAAAAGUCCGUUCAACUCGGAUGAUUCGAACGGAAGCGUAAUCUCGCCGGGACUAGAUUUAGAUGCGUAAUGUAAACAGAUAAACAUUGUUGAAGAUGACUGUUUGAUUGUUGAUUUAGCGCAUAGUUCAUGAAUGGUAGAGUAGAUAGGUAGUGGGUGUGUGAAUGUGCUCGGGUAGGUAGGACUGGUCAGGAUGACCGGGCGGAGGCAGUGGACCGCGGGCCUGGUGUGGGCUCUGCUGGCGUCGACUCUGGCUGACUCCUGGACAGCUUACCAGGAGCAGCCCUGCUGUCGGCCGGUGUCGCACCACCGCAUCCGGCACCAUCGAGAUCACAUACGGGAGUUUUCUUGCGGCAACCUUUUUUAUCGUACUCUUUAUAUGAAUGAAGAAAGAAAUACGCUUUAUGUCGGUGCUAUGGAUCGAAUAUUUAAACUAAAUAUGACUGAUAUAAGUCAAUCACACUGUGAGAGAGACGCGUUGCUGUUAGAAGCGAGCAACGUGGCUCGAUGUGUAAGCAAAGGCAAAUCAGAGCCGUUUGAGUGCAGAAACCACAUCCGAGUGCUGCAGCCACUCGGAGAUGGCGACCGACUGUAUGUGUGCGGUACAAAUGCACAUAGUCCAAAGGACCUAGUGGUAUAUUUAAACCUAACUCACCUGCCUCGGCACGAAUACGUGCCAGGCGUUGGUCUCGGCGUGGCCAAGUGUCCCUAUGACCCAGCGGACAAUAGCACAGCCGUGUGGGUCACUCGGGGCAACCCCGGCGGCCUGCCAGCUCUCUACGCGGGCACCAAUGCGGAGUUCACGAAAGCAGACCCGGUCAUUUUCCGCAAUGACCUAUUUGAUUUUCGUACGGGUCAAAAGAGGUUCAACUUCAAACGGACGUUGAAGUACGACUCCAAAUGGUUGGAUAAAACCAAUUUUGUGGGGUCAUUCGACGUCGGGGAAUAUGUCCUGUUCUUUUUUCGGGAAACCGCAGUGGAGUUCAUGAACUGUGGCAAAGCGGUGUAUUCUCGCGUUGCCAGAGUAUGCAAACAAGACACUGGCGGCAAGCAUAUACUGAGCCAAAACUGGGCUACUUAUUUGAAAGCUAGGCUUAACUGUAGCAUACCGGGAGAAUUUCCCUUCUAUUUCGACGAAAUACAGAGCGUGUAUCAAAUGCCGGGUGACCCGAGUCGGUUCUACGCUGCAUUCACAACAGGCGCCAGCGAUGGGCUAAUCGGCUCCGCAAUUUGUACGUACACUAUGGACGAUAUUCAAGAAGCUUUUGCCGGCCGUUUCAAGGAGCAAGCGACAUCAAGUUCAGCGUGGUUGCCGGUGUUAAGAGCAAGAGUUCCUGAGCCCAGGCCUGGUACGUGCGUUAAUAGCACUGAGGCCCUUCCUGAUAGCGUACUUAAUUUCAUAAGGUCCCAUCCGUUAAUGGAUUCAGCCGUAAGACAAGAAGGCGAUGCGCCAGCCUUCUACAAACGAGAUCUAGUCCUUACCACUCUAGUGGUUGACAGACAGUUUGUGGACAUGUUGGGGGAUGAUAUCACUUACACAGUCUUCUACGCAGGCACCAGUCAAGGCGAAGUAUACAAAAUAGUGCAGUGGACUGGAGGUGGAUCUCGCGUGGCUGAUAUCUGGCGAGCAGCAGGCGACGAGCCAGUGCGCGCACUCGCACUGUCCCGGCAAAUGCACGCCUUGUACCUCGCCACGGACAACCGUCUGAGACAAUUACCAUUACGAGCUUGUACACACCGAUACGACAGUUGCGUGCGCUGUGUCCUCGAUCCGUAUUGCGGGUGGGAUAAAGAAGUGGGAGCAUGUCGACCAUACGCUCCCGGCCUCCUCCACGAUGCAACUAAUUCCACGCCAUCAAUCUGCGAAGCCAGUGCGCCUCUCAAAACAGUGAGAGCCGGGUAUGGCCAAAGCGUACACCUGGCGGCAUUUGGAAAAACGCCAGAAGCGCUAAAAGAUCAGAUCGUGGCCUGGUACCACCAUUCGAGGGAAAGAGGUCGCUACAAAAUCAGUUAUAACUGGGACAGGGUGCUACAGACUUCAGAGCGCGGGCUGGUUUUGUUGUCGGUGACAGAAUCAGACCGCGGGCGGUACGAGUGUUACUAUGGGCCCACUCUCAUCGCUUCCUAUAAUCUGGAUAUUGAUAUUCAUAGGUGUACGCAGCCUAACAAAUCGCAGGAGUACAGACAAGUGUACUCGGAUUGGUGUCAUGAGUUUGAAAAGUACAAGAGUGCUAUGAAAGCCUGGGAGUCCCGGCAAAUGCAAUGCUCCAAAAACAUGAAUGCAUCGAGCCAGCAAAACAGCAUGAGCAACGAGAUCCUCGCCUCGCUGCGGUGAUAGAGCACAUCUGUAGAUUAAUGAGUGAUUACACCGGGGCUGAUAUCAGCUAUCCGAUAUUACGCCGAGACUGCCUCUGGGUCUCAUGUUACCUAACACUGAUAUAUACUCACUUUGGAACGUCUAUUCGGUGCAAAUUGCCAUCCACAGUUAUACUGUUUCUAUUGAUACGAGUACCAGUACCAUUUAAGUGGUCGAUCAGUAAGACAAGAUAAUUGAAAUGUCUAAGGAAUAGGGGUCCAUUUUCAAAACAAAAUAGAAAAAGGUUCGUCGGUUCAUACCUAGCACAUUAAAUUGUUUUUAUUACUUUAAAACUACAGUUUCUUAAUUCCAAAAAUGAAUAACAAUAACUAUUUUAGGUAUACCUUGUUAUUCUACCUAUCUAAUCUAUCUAAUUUAAACAGUGAUUAUAUAUGUAUUUAUGUCCGUAAACAUGUUGACAGUUAAUUUAUGUUGGACAGCACUAACAAAACAUUCUAUGAUCAAUAAAGCCACAAAAAAAAGAUUUCAAAAGUUUCUCAAUACAUCGUAGUUACAUACCAUUCAGUAUGAUUAUAUUUCAAUGUUGUGUGGUGAUUGACAUGAACAUAAAUGAUGAAGACACCGUGACUCGAGCAUUUGUAACCUUAUGGUUACAGAGCUAGGGGAAAUAUAAUUCGGUAAAGGAAUGAUCUGCGAAAAUAGAUAUGUCGGUUACGCAGACUGCGUUCGUUGAUGGAUGACCAACAUUUGUUUGGCUAGUGUUGCAUUGCAACUCUAUAUUUCCUCUCCGAGAUUAAAUUAGAUUUGUAUUACCAUAGCACAUAAUACCUAAAGGAUAAAGCGAAACCUUAUGUACCUACUCCAUAAUGUUCUCAAAGGUUUCUGAAGUCUGUCAAGUUGCACUUGGCCAGCGUGGUGGACUAUAGCCAAAACCCUUCUCAUUCUGAGAGAAAAACCAUCCUCAGUAGUGAGCCGGCGAUGGGUUGAUGAUGAUGAUGAAUUCUUACGCAAUAGAGGUUGAUUGGCAGUUGGCACUCGGAUAGUUUGAAGUGGUUAGUUACAAUCUAUUAUAUUGUGCGGCUUGGAGGAAGGCAGUAGCGGGAUAUCGGAUAGCUUGACUUUCAAAAUAACAUUGAUAAAGGAGGUCGUAUCCGCAAGAAUCGUAAGCAACGCACGUAUUAUUAGAGUUCCGUAUGCACUCACGGAGUCACUCAGCCCCCCUAUCGGUUAAAAAUGUAUCAAUCAUUAAAGGACAGCAUCAAUGUCAAAACAUGGUUUUUGGCCAAUUCCAUUGAUAGGCCCCCUGCUGUCUGUCCUUAUAGAUGUCACAGAAUAAUUAUUUAUCAUAAUUAUGAACCCUAAAAGAGCGAGGCCCGACUCGCACUUGGUUUUUUAAAUAAUAACGUAAGCAGGAGAAAGGAAUUCUGACAGCUUAGAAAUGUCUGCGCAUACGCAGCCUCUAUUCAUACGUAUUAGCAGACUGCUGCGGUGCGACACUUUCGUAAUGAAAAUGCG